UCAAAACAAGCCGGCUGUUUGUUUUGCGUUGCUUCCUUUCCAUAGAAUAUCCGAUUUUUAAAAUAGUUUUUAAGAGUAAAAGGUAACAAAAAUGGAUUUACUUAAGCCACGAACUGUACCUCUUUCCGAAGAAACUAUCCUAUGGUUCGAAUUCCUUCUGAAACCUGCCCUCUUAACGAAGCAUCUAGGCAAACCGAAUCCUGAUCCAUCAGCUACCGAUCUUAUCGUACAAUUUCUCUCAAAAGCACCGGAAGGACAGAUCCAAACCCCCGAUCUAACACCGUCCGAUCCGGAUGGGUCACACAAAUCGGAAGGAUUGAAGUACAACAAGAAGCAGCUCGCGCUAAAGGUGCUUGCCCUAAAAGUAGCGGCCUAUAUGAGGUGGGAUCUGGACAAACUGGAACGGGCGGUAUCGGUACCGCUGCAGAUUCAAUUGUUGGCCGAUCUGUGUAGCAUUACGGCUGGAAAAAUGGUGAUACUUCCGUCGUCACUGCUACAGGAUCCGACCCUUAUCGGUACGGACGGUUCAAAGCAUUCGUUCAACUUUGCGCUUACCCUUUACCAUCGGUGGGUGUUGCGAGCACAGGUACUCCGCGCGGCAGUUAUUAAGAAUAUUAAAUCGAACUCGAACCAUGGUCCCACCGUAACGGAUUUGACAACAUUUGUACUGCGAGACGAAUCUUCCAUCGCUGCCCUAGAACCCAUUACGCAGCUUAGCAUCGAUUACUUAAAUCAAGUGUUAAUGGAACCACAAGCGUUCCGUGUACUGACUUACGAGUCGUUCGUUCCGUUAGAUUCCAAUUCCGACAGCACGCAGCAACGAUUCGAUUCGGCCAUCGCGAUUAAACCAUGCGAACUAAGGGCCCAAAUCCAUUUCGAUCUGUGCCAGUACUAUCUUUUCGUUCAAAAGUACGAGCUGGCACGGCAUAAUGUGUUGCUGUGCAAGGAAAACUAUGCCCAGUGGCAAAGGGAAGAGAUUGGACGGACCGGUCUACCGCCUGCCUACUGCACGGUCAACGCGGAGGUUCUGCAAGGGUAUCUGCUUGCGUGCGGUGUCACCGGUGAACCGGAUGGGCUACUGCAACGGCUGCACGAAUCCAUUCUGAACCACUAUUCCGACAUCGUUAUGAUUCUAAAGGAAGACAACAUUCGUAAGGAAAUCCCGAUGACGCAGCGUAAAUUGCUCGAACUUAACAUUGAAGGCUACAAUGCGAUCGGCAGCACCGACGGUAAUCCGAUCGAGCAGAAAGAGCUGGAACUGGCCGUUGUCGCCCUGAACAUCAUCCGCUACGCAAUGGACGGGGAAAACAUUCUCAGCUGUAACGUUGCGAUGCAGAAGUACAAAAACCAGCAGCCAAAGCUGAUCGAAUCCCUGUUCCAGUACGCGGACGAACAGUACGAACAGUUUUCCAUGGAGGAACGGGGACUGUUGAAGCAGUACUUUUACAAAAUCAUUACCCUGUACGGUGGAGAGCUCGGGUCGGCCUUCGAAGCGUUCGUGCAAACGUACUCGAAGGUGGUGUCGUUGCAGGAGCUGAAGGACUUCCGGGCCCAGCGCACUCAGGUCGAUACGCAGCUGGGUGGUAUUGCCUUGCAGAGCGAUUGGGUGAUACCGGAAACGAAGAAUCCCAGACUAGAAGUUGGCCAGCUUGAGCGUCAACUCAUCUCGUGCACCUCGGCAAACGCAGUCCGCAAGCUGUUGGUAAAAAUCGCCGGCACAAACCCAUCGAAACCUCUGUUCACAAUCAACCCCAGCUGGACCAUCCCUUACCCGUUGGAGCAAAUCCUCAUCCCACUACAGCGUGGCUUUCUGCAAGACUUUGCCUGCAUUCUCAUCGGCAAGGCAAAGGAACUGACGGCCCGCAAAGAUUACGCGACCGCCAUCACGCUGCUAACCGUGCUGAAAAACGAAACACAACGUCCCGAACUAGCGGGCAAUCCGCUCGUGGCUAAGCUUGGCAAAAUGGUUUCCUGGGAAGGGUUGCUCGUACAGAUUCAGCAGGUGCUAGACGAAUGGCCCAAAAAACCGAUCGAUCAGGUACAGCUCGUACGUAACUGUAAGCAGUGUUUGAACUCGGCCAUCGGUGCCACUGCCAGCAACGAUCUGAUGCCGCACGCCAAGAUACUCGAGCACUGUGCCGCCCUGUUGCUCAAUUUGAACGAGUGGAAUGCAUUGCUGAUCGCGCCGGACAAACGAUUCCCCGGGGUGGAGCUGUGUUCGGCCAUCACGCAAGCCUUUCUGGACAUUGAAAAGUUUAAGGGCACGAAGAAGACUAACCGUGAAGCGUGGGAAAUGUUGCUGCCGAUGUUCCUCAACCCGUCCGGCUCCCGUCAGCGGCAGCUACCGCCCGACAGUCCACUGGUGCUGCUGAUCGCAAAGUUAAGGGAACCGCUCGUCAUUUCGAUUCUGCUGUCAUUGCUGGCGAGACUGCACAAUAUCCUGCGCGAUGAGCCGAACGCGGAAAUUAAUGCCGAAUACAUGUUCCUGUGGCCCUCUAAUGUGAACAACACUUCCAUGUACAACAUUAAGCUGGUCACGGAGGCGCUGAACCUGGCACUGAACCAAGCACUGCGCUACUACCCGAACAACAUUCCCUGGCUCAAGCUGAAGGGUGACGUAGAGUUUGUGGCGAACAAUUUCGAGGCGGCCAUGCGCUAUUACGUGACGGCUUUGAUUUCCGGCACCGAGUACUGUACCGUACAUCUGCAGCGACCACUGUUUGACGAUUUUCUUAUCCGGCGUAUGGUGAAGUGCAGCACGAAUCUGGGUUGCUUCGUGCAGGCGGCCGUCCUGUGUCAGUUCUUCGAUGAAACCGAUUACGGGUUGGCGUUUAAAAGCAUCAGCGAAAAGUCUUCCAGCUAUUCGGAUGCGAUGGAUUCGUACUAUAGCUGCAUCUGGGAUUCGACGCUGCUGGAGUAUAUCGUAAACUGGCACUACAAGAAGGGCGAACACAAGCGACGGUUGCAAGCGGUUUCUUUCAUCGGCCAGCUGGAACUGAACGCAAACAACAACGAGGAAAUUAAGCGUGAGGCAGCUGCCGUUCGAAAAAAUCGCUUCCUUCGAUCUCUUGCCAAGCAGUACAUGUGCUGAACCGAGCAUAUGAAUCGGUGGUCUAAUUUUUGAGUAAGUAUUGGAGCUUUUAUUAUGGAAAAUCGUAACGAGUAAAUAUACAAUAAAACGUACACAGUUCGAAUAGCCCGAUA